CCUCGGCUCCCCGUCGCCUGCCCGGCCGCCGCCUCCUCGACCCCGGGCAGGGGGCGGGGGGUGGGAGAGGCGAACCUCCGGCCGGACCCGAUGUUGCAACUCUCGGGCCCAGCGCCCCCUGACUGUCCUUCCACACCCGUCCCCUGCUCGAAUGGGUCGGCUGUCACUGCGGGCCCCGCCGUUAAGGUCCGGUAGGUUGCUGAGCUCGGCUCCAGCCUCUGCCGACCGAUUGCACCCGCGGCCUUCUCUGGCGCAGUCAGCGGGCUGGAUUUGUUUCCGAACGCAGAGGGUGUGCCCUCUCGUACCGCAGGGAAUUCUCUCUCUCUCCUGAGUUUGAAAACUCGGAAUCCCUCCCAAAAUGGGCCGUCAAAUCUAUAACAUUUGGAAAUAAAACAAUGGCUAAUUUGAGAAUAUCACUCGGCGAACCGCAGCCUGGUGAUGUCAAAUGCAGCAGCUGAGAGUAGGGAGCAAUUGCAACCUGGACGUUGGACAUUUGCCCACAAGACAGCAUGAAAAGCUUUUUUGUUACUAUAAACGAUUGAAAAGCGGCUGUUAAUAUUAAGUGCCAAGCUGGAGAAAGAAGAACAGCAAAAGGACAUACUCAUGAAUAAUCAGAAUGGCAAACAGUAUGGAGGAACUGGCACAGCAGAUUGUUGAAGCUCAAAUGGGCAUGCUGAAAAACAAGUAAUUGGAAAGAAAAGUAACAUUUAUACUUGUAUAAAAGUGUAAACAUUGAGGAUAGCAAGGUUCGUAAUAAUCAAGUGUCUAUGGCUGGAAGCCCACCAGUCUCCUUGGCUGAACAGACUCAAGUAAAGCUCAUCACAGUCACUGAUGACUUAGUUCAGCAACUAGCUGAACAUCAGGUCUCUCACUCUCAAGGGACAUUAUCUACUGUAAUAGGACGACCAAUAAUGACCAGUACCCCACAGAGGAUUCAGAUUGUUCCCACAGACUCUGGUGUCACAGUAGCACAGCGCAUUCAGAUUGUCACUGAUCAGCAGACGGGCCAGAAGAUUCAGAUUGUCACAUCGAUGGAUCAUGGUGCAAGCAAGCAAUUCAUAUUAACAAAUUCAGAUGGCACUGCAUCAAACAAAGUGAUAUUAGCCCGACCUGAUUCAGGACAAGGAAAGGUCAUCCUGGCCACACCUGACUCUGCUGGUCUUAACCAGCUCAUCUUUACAUCUCCUGAUGGAUCAGCACAACAUAUACAGAUUGUAACUGAUGCAACUUCAGCUGAGCAAAGUGCAGUCAAACCGCCACUGGAGUUUUGUGUAGUUUGUGGUGACAGAGCGUCAGGACGUCAUUAUGGGGCAGUGAGCUGUGAAGGCUGUAAAGGCUUCUUCAAGAGAAGUAUAAGGAAGAACUUGGUGUAUGUCUGCCGAGGGUCAAAGGACUGUGUGAUUAACAAGCACCACAGAAACCGCUGCCAGUACUGUCGAUUGCAGAGAUGCCUAGCACUGGGAAUGAAGCAAGAUUCUGUUCAGUGUGAACGGAAACCAAUUGAAGUUUCUCGAGAGAAGUCUGCAAACUGCGCAGCUUCAACUGAAAAGAUUUACAUCAGGAAGGAUUUGCGUAGUCCCUUGGCUGCAACACCGACCUUUGUAACAGACAAGGAAAGUGCAAGAUCUGGAGGCCUUCUAGAGCCAGGUAUGCUGGUAAAUAUACAACAGCCAUUGAUGAAAACGGAGAGUGCUAUGCUCCUCACAUCUGAGAACAAGGCUGAAACCUGUCAAGGUGAUUUAAGCACUCUUGCAAAUGUAGUCACAUCACUUGCAAACCUGAGCAAGUCAAAGGAUCUAUCCCAAAGUAGUGCUGAUUUGUCAGGCAUUGAUGCCUUAAGUAAUGGUGAUGGUUCUUUAUCAGAAAUGCAACAAGAUGACCAGUCUGCCAGUGAUAUUACCAGAGCAUUUGAUACACUUGCAAAAGCACUAAAUCCUGCAGAAGGAUCAGCUGUUCAGAACUCAGCAGAGUGCAUGGAUACUUCGGGCACCAAUAUCCAGCUAAUCAGUGGAGAGCAGUCCCUUCCUAUUGUUGAGAUUGAGGGUCCUCUUCUCAGUGAUGUGCAUGUUUCUUUCAAGCUAACAAUGCCAUCACCGAUGCCAGAAUAUCUGAAUGUGCACUACAUCUGCGAGUCUGCAUCAAGAUUAUUGUUCCUAUCCAUGCAUUGGGCAAGGUCUAUUCCAGCCUUCCAGGCUCUUGGGCCAGACAAUAAUACAGCUUUGGUACGCGCUUGUUGGAAUGAGCUGUUUACACUUGGUCUUGCCCAGUGUUCCCAAGUGAUGAAUUUGUCAACCAUACUCACUGCAAUUGUUAACCAUCUGCAAACAAGUCUCCAGCAAGGUUGGCAGGGAGCUAAUCUUCAAACGGUUGAUUCAUAUAAAUUGUCAGCAGACCGAGUGAAAGUGGUGAUGGAGCACAUCUGGAAGCUGCAGGAGUUCUGUAAUAGCAUGGUUAAACUAUCUCUGGACGGAUACGAGUAUGCCUACCUGAAGGCAAUUGUCCUCUUUAGUCCAGACCAUCCAGGCCUAAUUAAUGCUGUACAGAUUGACAAAUUUCAAGAGAAAGCCUACAUGGAAUUACAGGAUUAUGAAGCAAAAGCCUACCCAGAUGAUUCUUACAGGCUAUCGAGGUUGCUGCUUAGAUUGCCUGCACUCCGACUCAUGAGUUCUGCCAUCACAGAAGAACUCUUCUUUGCCGGACUAAUAGGAAAUGUGCAGAUUGACAGUAUAAUACCUUACAUAUUGCGAAUGGAAACUGCAGAGUACAACAGUCAAAUCACAGGGUCUGCAGUGUGAUUUAACACCUAUGAACAAUUAUAGCAACCUGUUGAAAGCUUCUUCGCCUUCUCUUCCACAAUGAAGGACAAUUGCAGGUUGUUCAUGUAAAAAAAAAUCACGGGGUAGUCUUUAACAAAGAAUGAAAGAAACAAUUCAUGGAGACUAGACUGUGAAUAUUUUUCAUUGAUGAAUAGUGCUUGAUAGCAGUUGUAAUAAAAAAAGAAGUGACCAUGAAUGAGCCCUUCCUUUUUUAAAAUUGUUAGUUUCUGCAGUUUGCAGAAUGCGUGUACAGCUUGGGUUGAAAAUGCCAUGAUCAUAUAUUUGUUUACCCCAAUUUUUUUUUUUAAUUUUUAUAGGACUGUGUUUGACUAAACAGUCAUUUGAGAACAAUGGGCUUGUUUAAUGUCUCGAUAACAUAUUGAUAAAGCACCGAUGUUGCAUGUCUGAGACUGUUCCAGUAUAUAGCAUAACGUUUAGAUGUAGAUCCAGACACCUUAUUGGGCAAGUAUUGGGCAACUAUGUGAAUAGCUGGCAAAUUGUCUUUAUCGAAUGAAUGUGUCAUUGUAUCUGGUAGCUUAAUUUUAUUGAUAUCACAUCUGUAUCCUUUUUUGAUAAAUAAGAACGUAAGGAAUAUGAGACAAGACAAAUUAAUUUGCUGUGUUACCAUGCAAGGCUUAUGUUCGAUUUAGUGGUCCUGUCCAUUGUAAAGUUACAUUGAAGCUCACCUGAUUUUUCAAUGGACUGACAACGUGGCCCAAUUGGUAUAUAUCCGAAGGAAACAGUCUCACUUCUUUUUCAAAGUCACGCGCAGAAUUAUUAAAAGAAAAAAAUUAACUCAGAUUGGAUGUUUUAUAAAAAAAGCAGCUGUAAAAAUAUCUUAUUGUAGCACUUUGAUAGCUGUUAAGAAAACACCAAUGGAAAAUUUUAUUCUCAGUUGUCCCAGUUUCUUUCCCUGCCACCAGUCCUUCAUCCCACACCUGAAUUUUGAUUUUCAGCCGUUACCCUGCUUAAAGUCCAACAAAGCACUGUAGAAUUGAAAAUUUAGCAGGCAGUGAGAGAGAGAAAUUGAUGUUCCUACUUCAAGGAUUAUCAGUGGCAAAUUACUGUAAGCAGAAAUUUGAAUAAAAUUUGCUAUUUUCACAUUUGAAAUUGCUGGAAAAAAAUGACUUAGGUGAUGGGCCCAGAAGCCAUGGGCUGAACACAACUUUAUUUGUGCUAAAAUCUCCUGAAGCAUAGUAAUUGACUUCAAUUUUAUGUUCAAUAAAAUGAAAAUCGUUGCUAGGUAUUUAGUCUGUACAGUUACAGGUUUAGCCAGUUUUUGUGUUGCGCCAAUGUUUUCUGCUGCACUACAGUGGAAAUAUUGCCUGCAUCAGAACGUUUUACGGAAUGUCAUUUGCAAAUACAUGUUUUCUGUACGAAUUGUGGUUUACAAUAUUCAACUCCAGAAUUUUAUAAAAUGUCCUGUCAAACACUUGGAUCUAAAAGAAAUGCUAGCUUUGAGAAACUAGAGAUUACAUCGCCUGUUAUUUUGUUAGGUUUCUUUCACUAAUUACUUGCCUUCCUUUGGAGGAAGCCUUUUCCUUUCAGCAGUCAUAAUCUGCUGCAGAUUUCCAUUAAGUCCGAAUCUGUGUUUAUUUUUAUUUGAAGGUAGGGUGAGCGAAUUCUUUUUUGGUUUGUGAAGCCAGGUGAGGUGGAAACAAAGCAGUAUCAAAUGAAACAUCUGACUUGCUAGCUUUCUCACCAGCUUUUGCAGGAUAACUUAAGUUGACUAUUUUGUAUAAAAACAAAAUAUAUAAUUUAAAAAUCAUUUUUGUGUCUGAUUCUUUAAGCCCAUUUCCUUCUUCCCACCCUGUGCAUUCACAAACAAGGCUCUUGUAUGUUUCUAAAAAUGUUUUCUAUUCCUUGCAGGGCACAUUCAAAGACCACAUAGAACAUUUACUUCAAUGUAAAUGCUAGAUUCUAUAACUAAUGAAAAUAUGUUCAUGUUGAUAAAUGAUUAACAACCCCCGGAGUAAACAUUGGUAAUGUGAAAUUGCAUCAUUUGAUUUGUCUACACUAACUUGACAGCUGCCGCAAAAGAACAAAUUUCAUAUCGUAUGUCAGUGAUGAUCCUGACUCUGAAAGGCUGACCAUUCAUUACUUGUAUUUCCUGAUACAUUUCCAUAUCAGGAAAUGUAGCAUCUAAUCAUUAGUUGUUGCCACGACAAUCAAGAAUUGGUUUCAUUUUCCCAUGUUACAGGACAUGGAGUUGUGGCUGGCUGAAUCCGUGUAUAACAUUAGAGUCGCUUACUAUAUAUUAUACAUAAGUUA